AUGGGCCGCUACUCGGGCAAGACGUGCCGGCUGCUGUUCAUGCUGGUGCUCACCGUGGCCUUCUUCGUGGCCGAGCUGGUGUCGGGGUACCUGGGCAACUCCAUCGCGCUGCUCUCGGACUCGUUUAACAUGCUGUCUGACCUGAUCUCCCUGUGCGUGGGCCUGGGCUCGGGCUACAUCGCGCGGCGUGGUACCCGCGGCUCCGGCGCCACCUACGGCUAUGCUCGGGCCGAGGUGGUGGGCGCGCUCAGCAACGCGGUCUUCCUCACUGCGCUCUGCUUCACCAUCUUCGUGGAGGCCGUGCUGCGCCUCGCGAGGCCCGAGCGCAUCGACGAUCCCGAGCUGGUGCUCAUCGUGGGCACCCUGGGGCUGGCAGUCAACGUGGUGGGGCUGCUCAUCUUCCAGGACUGCGGAGCCUGCUUUGCGGUCUGCACGCGGCGGCGGCGGCGGACCCGCCCUCCGCAACCGCCGCCCCAGGGGGACCCUUGCGGCGCUUUGGGGAGCCCCCAAGGGGCUGCGGCAGCCACAACCCCCGGCUCAGAUGCAGUAGUGACUCUCCGGGGGGCCUCGGCCGGAAGAAAGCUGCAGGAGGGCGCGACCGUGUUCUCGAAUGUAGCAGGUGAUUCCCUGAACACCCAGAAUGAGCCAGAGGAGACGACGAAAAAAGAGAAAAAGUCUGAAGCACUGAACAUCAGAGGUGUUCUCUUGCAUGUGAUGGGAGAUGCCUUGGGGUCCGUGGUCGUGGUCAUCACGGCCAUCAUAUUCUAUGUCCAUCCCCUGAGACGUGAAGACCCGUGUAACUGGCAAUGCUACAUUGACCCCAGUUUGACUGUUAUCAUGGUCAUCAUUAUUUUGUCAUCUGCUUUCCCACUGAUCAAGGAGACUGCUGUCAUCCUGUUGCAGAUGGUCCCCAAGGGAGUUAACAUGGAAGAGCUCAUGAGCAAGCUCUCUAGUGUGCCUGGAAUUAGCAGUGUUCAUGAAGUGCACAUCUGGGAACUGAUAAGUGGGAAGAUCAUCGCUACCCUGCACGUCAAGUACCAGAAGGGCACGGAGUACCAGGAUGCCAGCAGAAAAAUCCGAGAGAUCUUUCACCAUGCUGGAAUCCACAGUGUGACCGUCCAGUUUGAAAUGGUGGACUUGAAGGAAGCCCUGGAGCAGAAGGACUUCUUGCUGACCUGCAGUGUCCCCUGCAUUUCCCAGAGCUGUGCCAAGAAACUGUGCUGUCCCCCGGGGGCGCUGCCACUGGCUCUCGUCAAUGGCUGUGCAGAGCACAAUGGUGGACCCCAUCUAGAUGCUCAGGAAGUGGCCAUUGAUAUGGCUUUGGAUGGCGGUCCGAGGGAACAGGGACAGACUCUUAGCAAGACUCAAGAGGAACAUCAUUAUGAAAACAGUACUCAUUUUUAGUGGGUUUCCACACAAAACCAGACUGUCUGGACAGGCACUUUGGGUCACCAGCUCUGCCUGUGGAAAGAGCUUUGUUGGUGUGUACCCUGUCAGUAGGGGUCAGAUGUUUGGGAUGUUCGUGGAACAAGCCUGCUGAUUUUCAUGUGGUCACCCCUUUCCAUUACCCUGGGCGUCUCAUGCUUCCCUGCGACAAUUUUAGCGUGAACGUGGGUUUCCUCAAGCAGACUUCACUGGCGUGUGUAUCAGGGAUAUUGAAGGCUGGGACUCAGUAACCAUGGCACAGGACUCAAACUCAGUCUUGUCUUGUGGUGCUGGGGAAUUGAACACAGGGCUCAUGUGUGCUAAGGAACUGCUCUGUUACAGAGAUUCACCAUGGCCCUUGUUUUUAAAGUGUUCAGAAUUUCUAGCUGACUCUCAAAUGAGCUCAAAGCUUAAAUGGGUAGGAAAAAAAUUGAGGCACAUGAAGUAUGUUUUCCUCUCUUCCCCUCAAAGAUCAUAAAAGAUGGAAGUCGGCUAUCUGUGGCACUUCAGAAAUAUAUAUUGUUAGGUCCAUUCUUGGACCAUGAGAAACAGACACCUAAUAAAAAACACAAAAUGCUUAGUUGUUAAGGUGCACAAACAGAAAGCCUCUUAAGGCAGAAAAUGCUCUCAACACAUUAGAGGAGGUAGACUUUACUGGGGUGGAGGGGAAAGUGGGUUCUGGACCAUCUCUUCAUUCUGUGAGGUGUGAGGUGGCUACCGUUUACUUUCUGCUGGGAGCUAAGCUAAGCUGUGGUGUGUUGCCGAUGCUUAAUCAUGUAACACAUCCAUUACAGUCAGAAG